CGUGAUAGUAAGGGGAAGAACAUGCGAGAGGACCGCGCAGUGGGGCCUGUUCAGAGGGUCCCGCCGCGCUUCUUCAUUGCACAUUUGGGUUCGUCCAGCGGGGUCCGCCGCGCGGGUCCAUUGCUCAUUUAGGCUCGAGUGCGCACGAGGUGAUAAUUCUUCGAUCUGUGCCCGGAUAUUCGCAGUUGGCUUCGGGCGCAACCGCGAUAGGAUGGAAUUGGCGCAGUGGUCGUCCAUAUUCGACGCCGCGGCAGUGGGCGGAGAGAUUGCGUCCCCUGGGGUGGCGGGGCUGCAGCUUUUUCUGCAAGGGCACGGCGUGCGCGUGGAGGAGGAGCAGCUCGGCGACGCGUUCACGUGCCACUCGUGGGAGCCGUCGCACACUUUUUCGAAAAACGAUUUCAUCGAGCUCAUGCGAGUUGCGGCGCAGGUACAGAACGACGCACUAUUCCGUCGCAUCUCAGAUCGUGUGGACAGCCAAGAGUUCCCCUGUGUGCAGCCAUCGGACUUGGAGGAGGGGGUGGCGCAAGAUGCCGCCAAGGCUGCCCUGGAGUUUGUGCUGAAAACCGAGCAGGUGGAGGUGCAGUCCUACGUCGACCAGCAGUGCGCGGAGUUCCGGGCGGCGCCCCCGACGGACGAGGACAUCCCCGAGCCCGUCCGCAGGGCAAAGUUCAUGUAUAGCUCCUUCUACGGCCUGGUGGUCGACUUCCACCUCCAGAAAUCUUACGAGAGUAAGCAGCUUCGCCACUGGUUCACUGACUGCGUGUUUGUCCCGGUGAUCCCUGUCGCCAGCAUCGGGGACGCGACGAAGCGUUCCGCCGCUGCCGCGGCCGCAGCACAGAUGACGCCCGCGCUCGUGGGCGUGCUCGACAAGAAAGCGUGGGCUGGGUGGGAUGUCUUGACGAGGCACGUCCAGCCAUCUCCCGACAUGUUCGGCUGGUGGGAUUCAUGACGGCGGAGUGCUUUGCGGUGAUGGCCGACGUCGUCAGCGCGGCGCCGUCCGCUGGCGAGCUCAGCGAGGGGGGCGGGUCGCAAGGGCUGGCGCAGCCCGCCUUCGUCCCGCGGGUUGCCCCCCAGGAUGUCGCCGGCGCUGACGUUCCGGAGCUGGGGGGAAUCCGUCAGGGCAUGACCCGUGACGAUGGCGUAGCCACGGAAAAUGCCGUGGAGAAAAUGUGGACAGAGUACAGGUCUAGUUUAUCCCCGAGUAUUCAAGCCCUCCUGCCGAGCGCGCCGACAGAGGCGUUCUGGCACGAGAACUAUUAUGCAGUGGCUGCUGAGAUAGUAGCGGAUCGGGCGAUGGCGGAGUCGGCGGCGGCGCGUGCGAGGUUCACGCCGAGAGUGCCCCCUGCCGACGCAGUCGCUGCAAAUGUCCAGGAGUGCGAGGAGAUCGCUCGGUCCAUGACUGAGGAGGACGGCGCGGCUGUCGAGGUUGCCGUGGAGAAGAUGUGGCACGACUACGCGUCUGCAUUCCCGGGCAGCAUCCGGUCUCUCUUGCCGCCGGCGCCCGCGCAGGAGUUCUGGGAGGAGAAGUACUGCGAGGUGGCCGCGCAGAUUAUGGGCAGCCGGGCGUCCGCCCUGGCGAGUGCGCUGGAAGCGCGGGCGCGCCCGCCCACUCUGCCGAUGGGCCGGCGGACUAUCAGGACCCGCCAGUUUGCCUCGUGCUGUUCCCCCUUGAGCCGACUGUCAGGGGAGCGCGUUGGCCGCGCCACCAGGUUGUCAGCGUGCGCCCCGCGGGCUCGGAGGGACAAGGCUUUGUGGUGCACAGUACCACGAGGGCCGAUCCUAGUUAGUCUCAGGCAGUUUUUUUUUAUUUUGACGUGCGGGCUCCUUGAUACGUGCUUCAUGCCGAUUUCACAAGCAGCGUCUCCAUGCUCGCUGUUUCUUUGGCGAGAGUGACAAGAGGAGAGAAGACGACACGCAGGAGCAGGAGUAAGAGGGCUCACUUCCUUCUUUCUGUCCUCCGCUGAAGCAUGGCCUGCUGGCGAGUGGCGCGUCGGCCGCUGUUCGUCCUUCCGACGUGCAAGCCGCAAGUCGGAGGCAAAGACGUAGCAAAUGAUUUGAUGUUUCGCGGACGGGACACCAGGGCGCAGUAUAUGUACACAAGUUCUCGAUCAGCCCCGAGCGGCCGGCUAGUGCGUGACGCAGCGUUCUCCUAAUGCAGCCUUUGUCCAGGAAGUCUCCGUGUGAUUUGCAUGCCAGCCGUGCUCUCGGCCCGUCGCCCUCGCGUAUGCUGCCGUGACGCCUCGCAGAGGGCGUCCCAGGAGUUCCCG